CCGCACUGUACCCCGCCAACUUCACCUCAUCACCACCCACCACAACAGGCUGUUCCAGGCAAACAAAUCCUGCCGGUACAGUACACUCCAUCCCAUCCCACCAUCAAACUUACCCUCAUGCCACAACGCCUACGGGUCCGAUCGAAACGACCAAAAGUCUUUUUCACGCACAACAAAAUGUCCGCCACCUCCUCCCCCUCCUCGCCAAAAGCCCCCUCCAACUCGACAACAAGAACUCCCUCUACACCCAGCGAAGUCUUCGAUGACAUCCUAUCCUCCGCACAACCACCACCAACAUACUCCCAGCAAACCUGGAACCCCUCAAACCCCUACUUUCCCCAUUAUCACAACCAAAACAUGUCCACCACCGCUACUACCCCUCCCGAAUCCCUCAUCCCACCUACUCCGGCCCUCUUCACAACACGUCCUAUCCUCCAAGACACGCUCAAAACCCUCUCCAGUAAAGAACAACUCUCCACCGCAGAGAUCUGCAUGAAAUACCUUUCCAACCCGUCAGAUCCAUUCCCUAUCCUAAGCCGGCGCGAGCACAUUGCCUUUCUCAAGAGCGGGGUCCUCGGUGUUCAGAAUGGGAAGUUACGCGAGGAGAUGGUAGCGCUGGACGCGUCGAGGCCUUGGAUAAUUUACUGGUGUUUGCAGGGGUUGGUGAGUUUGGGGGUUGACGUGGGGAAGUAUAGGGAGCGAGUGAUUAGCAGUCUCCAACCACUACAGAACGAAUCUGGCGGCUUUGGUGGCGGGAAUGGACAGGUAUCGCAUGUUACGGCUAGUUAUGCUGCGGUUUUGGCGCUAGCUGUUGUCGGGAGAGGUGAGGACGGGGAUGAGGAGUAUGGGGAGGCGCUGGGAAUAGUAGACAGAAGAGCGAUGUUCCGCUGGCUUCAUGAGAUUAAGGACUGGGAAUCGGGCGGUUUUAGAGUCUGUGUUGGUGGGGAGGAAGAUGUUCGCGGCGUCUACUGCGCACUUGUAAUUCUAGCCCUCCUUGGCCUCCCCACUUCUGGAAACCUGACCCAGGGGACAAAGGAAUACCUCGGCCGCUGUCAAACAUACGAAGGUGGUUUCGGCGCCACACCGAACGGGAACGAAGCGCACGGUGGGUACGCGUUCUGUACACUUGCUGGAUUGUGCAUUCUUGGUGAGCCGGCGGUGGUGCUGCGGAAGUAUUUGGACAUGGACCGCGCGAUCUCCUGGCUCAGCGCCAGGCAGUACGCUCCGGAGGGGGGGUUCAGCGGGCGGACGAACAAACUUGUUGACGGGUGCUAUUCUACCUGGGUCGGGGGGUGCUGGGCGUUGAUCGAAGCGGGUAUUAACGGCCCGCAGGAUGAAAACGAGGAAAAACUAGGGGAGAAGGAGGUUGGUGGCCUUCGUGACAAACCUAGGAAAGGUCCAGACUACUAUCACUCAAAUUACAUCCUCCUCGGCCUCGCCAGCACACAGAACUACUUCUACUAUACCUCCUCCCCCAUCCCCCUCUCUUCUCCCCCGCCCUCCCCAAACCGCGGAUCCGGAGAUCCCCCCCUCCCACUCACAGCCCCAUUCCUAUGGCGCUACUCCCCACGCAUACCCAGCAAUACCCCGAACGUGGCGGAAGCAAUCGUCAAGGAUAUGCCAGCGUGGCCAGAUGACGUUACCGAGGAGGACCUGUUACCCGGACAGGAAGUGGAGAGCGAUAGGUUGAAGGUGCACCACCCGAUUUUCAAUAUUCCGUUUGAAAGGGCGGGGGAGAUAGAAGCAUGGUGGAAGGGGAAGGUGGGAUUUUAAUGCUUUUGUCAAGGAACGGGAGGAAUUCCGCGUCUUUUGCUAGCUUUUGAUUCCGCAGCAGCUGGCGGAGUGUGUGGUUAACUUAAGUUUCGUUUUUCCUUUGCGUGAAUUUAUGUUCGCGAACAACCCUUCUCUCUUCAUUCUUUUUCCCACAGGGAGUAUGGCAAUCACCUUUACAUUAAAAAUUCUUCCA